AUGGUUUACAUGUCAAAUGGACAAGGAUUGGACAGUCAGAGUCGGUCCUCGUGGAGACUAUCAUUAACAACAGAUUUCUUCUGGGGAAUAACUGAGUUUGUAAUUUUGUUUUUCAAAACUCUGCUUCAGCAAGAUGUGAAAAAAGGAAGAGGCUAUAGAAACUCAUUUGGCUCCAUAUAUGAUGAUGGAAGAAGGCCACCAGGAAACCCUCCCCAAAGAAUGGGUAGAAUCAAACACCUUCAUGGUCCCAGUCCUCCACCAAUGGGAUGA